AUUCUUAUUUUGUGUGUGUGUUCAGGUCAUAACCUGUUCAUGAACUCAGUAUUAGGCAUUGUUUCAGUAAAUGUAUUCUUCUUUUCCAGCAAGUUUAAAGGAACUUGCAGGUUCAUUGUAACAGUGUGUGUAAAAAUAUGAUUAGCUACAGCUCUAAGAUAAAUUCUUAACAUAACUAUUAUUUUUUUGUUUUGUUUACCAGUUAUUCAUUAUAGUGUACAGGUGGUACAAACCUAGCCCUCACUUCCUGCAAGGGACUGUUAGUAAAGGUGAAUUUGUGCGCCAGACACGAUUUCGUGAGAGAUGCUGCCCACAUGCCUAAAAAGGGGAAAGACUGUGGUUUAUUGACAUGCAUCUCAAGACUUACAUACAGAAGCAUUGAAAUGUCAAAAAACGAUUGACACGCAUGAGAGGAAAGCUUAAAAAUGAUAUGGCUGCAUUUCAUAGAUAAUGAAGGAAGAAAAAAAAAGACAUCCGUCAGUUUGUCCUGCUUAGGUCACGUUCAACGGAUUUUGUUCUUGUGGUUUAUUGCUUUGUGAAAAUAUUGGUGAUCUUUGUCAGCAGAGUUUUUCUUCAUGAACCACGGAAAACUACCCCCAGUUUCACUCUAGAAGAAAUGAGACUUUGAAGUCGACAGCUAAGUUUCACUAUGAAGAACUGCUCAACUGAAGACGUGGACACUUUGACGCAGAAGUUGGACUUGGUGAUUUACGUGCCGGUCUUGGUGUUCGGCUUGGGGUUAAACAUCGCGGCAUUGGUGGUGUUCUGUCGGCUGCUCAGAUGGACGGAGUCCUCGAUCUACAUGACCAACCUGGCCCUGAUGGACCUGCUGUUGCUGCUGCAGCUGCCCUUCAAAAUGCAUGCGGCACACCACAAGUGGGAAGAAGAUAAGAUGUUCCUUUGCUCUUUCCUAGAAAGCCUUUACUUUGUGGCUAUGUACGGCAGCAUCUACACAAUUGCGUGCAUAGCCAUAGACCGAUACAUCGCCAUAAACCACCCGUUUCAAGCCAAGCAGGUGCGUUCGAGAAAAAACGCCUUGAUCGUUUGCGUUUUGAUCUGGGUAUUUGUCAUGGGAGUGACUUCACCCAUCUACACCUUCCGGGAUAAAAAUAAGGGUAAUUUCACUUGUUUCCACGGGUUCUCUGAAAAUGGUUGGAGCACAAUAAUAAUUGUGUGCCUGGAGGUCUUUGGUUUCCUGUUGCCUGCUUCUAUCCUGGUGGUUUGCUCCAUUCAAAGCAUCCGUACUCUCAAAGCCUCAAAAAGCAGCAACCCCAAGAGGCAAGGUGGUGUGAGAAUCAUCUACAGCAGCCUGGCAGCCUUCCUAGUGCCCUUCACCCCGUGCCACAUAGCCAUAUUCCUGCAGUAUCUGGUCCGUAAUAAAUUUAUUGUAGACUGCAAACAUCAAAAGAACAUCGCCCUCUUCAUACAGGUGUCGAUGAACAUUGCAAAUGUGACUUGCUGCUUGGACGCGCUGUGUUACUAUUUCAUCGCGAAGGAAGUCCGAUCCACCAAGGACACACUUAGGCUGUCCAUCAGCAGAGCGAGAACCACCAGCAGCUCAGACGUUUGAGAAGUCAAAUUCAGUUUCAGAAUGUGUGUUGAGGGCUUUCCAGCGGGAGUAAGAGACUGAUUUAAAUGGUGUUUGAGGUUUAAUUCAUUCAUGGACGUAAACUGAUAACAUAUUACUCAUCUCAUUCCAGUUAAAAAGACCAGUAAAUUAGUCCUUGAAACUCCGCCCCCCCAAAGCCAUGGCAACAAACCCACACACAGAAUGAUUGCCGAGAUCAUUUCUGAUUGCAUUUCCGCUCCCCUGACCCCUUUUUGCUGUUUUUGAGUCUAGGGCUGUGAUUCUAGAUUUCACGUGUGGUAUUCAAAAUGCUUACUGCAUUUAAUAUAGUGCUGCAGGGAUGACAUGUUUUCUGAGCCAAAACCCAUAUAUGAGCACUCCUGUUUCCAUAGUCCUUUGUCAAUUGUUGUUUUUGUUGUUUUGUUUUUUAUGGGUUUUUGGUUAAAAUGCUUGAAAUAACACCAUGCAGAACCUCACUGUGUUCACACAUUUGCAAACUACCCCAAACUUUCAGAGAAAAUGAAGACAAUGAAAGAGUUGCCGUUGCGGUCUUUGUGUAUACGGUUAGCUUUGUACUUCUGUCAAGUGUGUUUAGGCUUCAAAAUUCAUAAAAGUUGUGUUUAUUUGUAAAGAUAAUUUUUGAUGAACUAAACAUGUAAGAAUCAUAAAACUUUGUUGGUUUACAGAG